AUGUCUAAAAAGAACAAGGACUAUAAAACUAACAACGAACUCUCAUCUCUCAUGGAUGUAAUGCUUAAGGGAGGAGUCAAAGUUAAAUCAGCAGCAGAGGUCGGGAAAAGAGCAGUUCAAUUCACGAGAGGUGAUGAGAUAUUAAAAUGGCUAAUGAAUAACAAAGAACUUGUAUAUAAUAAGUGUCCGAGCUUUUUUCAAAACUCGAAAUUGGAAGAUAACCAAGAUGUAUCAAAUUUUGUGGAUAACCUUAUUGAAAAUGGAUUCAUGUAUCGCGCACAGUAUCAACCACUUGAAGGAACACUAGAAAAGUCUGAAACAGGAUCAUACAAGAGACCAAUGUGGCCAAAAAGAUUAAUCAGAACACAAAAACAAAGAUUUGAUACUGUAGGAUUCUAUAUCAUCUCAUACGAAGGGAGCCAAAAGUGGAAUUAUUUGAAAUUAUGUGGAAUAAUUUUCGGAAUCAUCGUGAGCAAUGUGUAUGUUCCAAGCGUGGCCACUGUAUUUAAAGCUCUCAAUGUGAUGGCGUCAAUAAUCCUAAGAUUAAUCCUUUUCCUGAUCAUGUGGUUCUGCGGAUACGAUUUCUGGCUUUUCCCGAACCUCUUCGACGAAGAUCUUGGAGUUGUAGACUCAUUCAAGCCACUAUACUCCUUUACAUACCGAAAAGAUAACCUAACAAUGAUGGCAUGUAGAUUACUUUGCUCAAUCCUAAUUGGAGUUUCUAUCUAUCAACUGGGGAAAACCCAUGAUAUAAACGAUAUAUACAAAUUCACAAAACAAUCAUUUUUGGACGUACUAGAUUGGGGCCACCAGAAACUUGCAGCUCCACCUGAGGAAACUUCUUUUUACAAAUCACUCGGAGUUGAUUUGACCACCGAGUUCAAGGAAAAGGGGUCAGAAGAACCCACAGAAGAAGGAGAAGAAGAUGAUUACAAUUGCCUUCUGGGCUGUGGUUUCAAAUCAUUAGACGAUUUGGUUAAGAAUUGUAUGACUGAUUGCGAUUGUAUGAGCAAUUUGUUGGAAAAUAGCUGUUUGAGGCACUGUCCAAACGAGACAGUCUCAUCUUUGACUGAAGUCAAAAUCGACAUUUGUAAAAGAUACAAGAGGAAACAAACAGACUUAUAA